AAGUACUAGAUUAAGUGGUUGAAGUUUUCUAGAUUACACUAUUGGUGGGUCAUAGCUAUCUAUCAAAUUAUUGAAAUUUAAGAACACAGACUAUUAUAGCACAGCACAUGGAAUCCUCACAUGCAUAUCCAAAGUCUUACUAAGCAUUUUAUCACCCAAUUAAUAAUAUUAUUCCACUUAUAGCCCAUAUAUAGUCUUCAAAGAAAAUACUGUAUACCUCAACUUUCUCACUAAAACCCUCCUUAAUUAUAUUUGAUUUUCCUAACUUCUCUAUUUUAUUUUUUGAACUCUCAUAUAUCUUAAUUACCAUGUUAAGUUCUAUCAAAAAGUGCUUAAUUUCCUUACAAAACUCACCCAAAAGUUUAGUUCAUCAACUCAAAAUCCUCAAGAAAGUGAUGAAAAUAUGGAAGAAAAACAAACCCAAGAGAACAUUUUAUGGGUUUAAUGGCAUGAAAUCAUCAUUUGCAAGCAUGGAAUUAAGUGGACAAUUAGAGUUAGUGUUCAAAUUCAUUGAUACAAAUGGUGAUGGUAAGAUAUCUCCCCUUGAACUUAGUGAUUUCUUGUUGUGUCUUGGCCUUGAUAAAUCUAAAGUGGCAGAGGAAGCUGAUGGCAUGUUAAGAUACUUGGAUGUUAAUGGAGAUGGCUUUAUUGAUUUGAAUGAGUACAUGGAUGUAGUCAUGAUGGAUGAUGAUGAUGAUGAUGGUGUUCAUGAUCAUGUUGAUGUUGUUGAUGAUGAUGGGUAUUAUCAUGUUGAUUUUGAAGAUGAUCUUAGGGAUGCUUUUCUUGUUUUUGAUUCUGAUAAGAAUGGUUUAAUUUCAGCUAAAGAAUUGCACCAUGUAUUGAAGAGGUUAGAUUUUGCUAAUUGCAGUCUUAAGGAAUGUAAUCUUAUGAUUAAAUGUGUUGAUAAAGAUGGGGAUGGAUUUGUAAAUUUUGAAGAAUUCAAAAUUAUGAUGAUGGGUUAUCAUAGAUGAUGACCAACUGAGUGUACAUGUUUCAUAUGCUUACUUCAUUCCUCUUAUCAGUUAGUUUUUGUAUUUCCUCCGUUCUGUUCUAAAUGAAACGUAUGUCUUUAGUA